AUGCGAGACUUCCUUCUCUCCUUAUUCUGUUCCCAAGGACGAUGGCACACCUUAUUCGGAGUAGAAGAUGACCAACUGAAAGAUCAUUUGAAGUGCGAUGAAAAACGGCCAUCAUGCCUCAACUGUACCAACCACGACGUGGAAUGUUCGUUCACCUGCAAUGAACCGUCUACGACAUUUUCAACUACGGAGACAUCACUAUCACCUCCUGAAGCACAGCCCCGGGCACAGAGAUUCCGACCCUAUCGCUAUUCCACGGGGGAAUUGAAGCAGACUUUCAAACUCUCCAAGCCGAAAGACCUGCCACCGCAACCACGGCCGCAACCAACGCAGUCCGAGGCGACCCAAUGCGAACUCUCUCUGGAUGAAUCAACCGAGACUUUCUCGCUAGCUGAUCUACAGCUCUUUCAUCACUACACAAUCUCAACAUAUAAGACCAUGCGAGACGAAGGACAAGAUAUACACGACCUAUGGCAAAGACAUCUCCCUGAAUGGGGCGUCGAGUUUCCUUCCAUUCUACACCUGAUACUAGCAUUGUCAGCACUCCACUUGGCGCAUAAUAAGCCAGAACUACGAAAUCAAUAUUUUGAAAGAGCAGACAAUCGUUUCACAUUUGGUGUCCGUUCAGUCACAUCCGUUCUCUCCCAAGUCAAUGACGACAAUUGCCAAAGGGUCUACAUGGCAGCUUCUCUGAUUUGUUUCAUCUAUUUCGCGAGAGGCCCAAGAGCGGGCGAGUACCUCGUUUUUAGUGACAGCGGCCCAUCAGAAUGGCUAGUCCUCUUGAACGGAGUUAAACUUCUCUUAUCUUCCCAUCAUGUGAAAAUAUUCAGUGGACUCCUUGAGCCAACCGGCGAUAAACCUUCAUACACAAUCACUCCUGCGAUGCGCAGCGAACGUCAUGAACAUAUGGUCCACCUUCAGUCAGUGCGGCGGCUCAUCGAAGAGGAGGCUUCAGAUGCGGACGAGCGGGAACUAGGCAUGUCUGCUAUACAAGACUUGUUCAAUAUCAUGAAUGAGUUCUAUGAGAGGGUAUCUGCCGGGAAGAAAGGUGUCUCGUUGAUGGAUCUGGUGAUUGGAUGGCUUUAUCGCCGACCUGAAGAGUUCGUGCAUCUUUUGGAACUGAAACAGCCUCGAGCUCUAGUAAUACUUGCGCACUGGGUGGUUCUGUUGAAGUAUAUGGAGUCGGCGUGGUUCAUCGAAGGCUGGUCUGAACAUGUAAUGAUGGGAAUAUCGGGCUCAUUACAUUUGGAUUACAGUCCUUGGAUAGAAUGGCCUUUGCGGAAAGCCCAUCGGGAUCAAUUUGCAUGA